UGGGGCCCCCGGGCAAUAGGGGAUCAUGGGGCCCCUGUGUCCUUGCCCAAACUCAAAAAAGCCUAUGAAAAAGGUACCAGAGGCAUUGCAUGGGGCCCCCUACUGACCCCUGGGCCCUCGGGCAGUGCCCAAGUUUCCAAAUGGUCAGUCCGCCCCUGGUUAGCACUUAGUGAACAAGUCGUCCCUCAGGAGGGGCAGACUGACAACUCAUGGGGCCCCUGGGCAAUAGGGGAUCAUGGGGCCCCUGUGUCCUUGCCCAAACUCAAAAAAGCCUAUGAAAAAAGGUACCAGGGACAUCUCAUGGGGCCCCCUACUGACCCCGGGCCCUCGGGCAUUGCCCGAGUUUUCAAAUGGUCAGUCCGCCCC